AUGUCAAGUGAAGAUAUUACAGGUGUUGUCACACCUUUAAUAAACGAAGCAUCACACGAAAUAAUAAGUACAAGUCAUGCUACUACUGAUAAUAAUCCGACAACAACUGGUACAUCUAGUGUUUUAUCAAAUAUUGGUUCAGGUGCAUUGGAAGUGCAUGAUAUUGUUGUUGUCUCUUGCUCAAAUGGUAAGAAAAAAAUAUUUAUCACAGUAACAAUGUGCAAUGAUAAUUUUCAAUAG